AUGAAGGCAUCGUUUGAGCUUCUAUCUUUGCGUUUCUCACCGUGCCUUCAGGUGCCCCUUGGCUUACGGAGCCAAGAUUUGGUGCCCUUGAGGACCCUGGAAGGCAGCCAGCAAGGAGGGUCCCUGGUCCCUGCCCCUCGGGUGGAAGAGGACCUCCUGUUCAGAUCAGCCCUUGAAAAGAGGGGACCCAGCCUCGGGGGUCCCUGGAAGAAGUGUCGGGGGGAGUUUGCCAGGAUCCGUGUUGGCUGGCUGCCUCCUCCAUUCCCUGGGCUCCUUGCCCCAUUGGCUCCUCUCAGCCUCCGUGGCGGAGGCACCAAUGCUUCUGACUGCCAGCUGCCAGAAGGCGGCAGGGAGAGGGCUCUGGUGCCCGAGUCCUGCUUGCAGGUUCCCCCCAAAGGGACCUGGCUGGCGGCCAUGAGAACAGGAGCUGGACUCAGUGCCCCCUUUGGCCCGAUCUUGCAGGCUCUUCUUCCAGUGAAGCCUGGAGCCACACGCUUCCCUCCUGCGGUUUCUCCGUCAUCCUCGCCAGCCACUUUUCUAUAUCUCUGGCUCCUUUUUGCCGCAGGGUCUUAUCAGCCGGGGCUCCUGGCAGGCCCCCUUCCUCUUGGACAGCAGGGCUGUCACUCCAGAGCGACUCGCUGUUCCUUCCUGCUCAGUCCUGGGGCUGCUGCCUCCCAGCCGCAGGGGCCACUUGCUCCCUCGCCUGCAGAGGCCCCCCCAGCUCCCCCCCAGCCAACAUGGGGGGCUUUGCACCUGCCCUCUGGAUCGUCACUCCUCCUGCAGCCAGCCAGGCACCUGCAGUUGGGCAGUUUGCCCCCAGAUGACAACAUUUCUUUCUCGCCAAGCUUUUUCUGCAGAAUCAGUUCGAUUUGGGGUUGGUCAUUUGUUCUCCAUUUUAUUAUUUUAUAAUUAUAUGGUGUUUUAAUGACUUGAUUGUGCAUUGUCCUUUUUAAAAAUGAAUUGAUAGUUUGUAAAAAUGCAUAUUUUUUUUUAAAAUAAUAUUUAUUAAAGUUUCAAAAGAAGAAAAAUCACAUUAAUAAAAAGAAAUUAACAAUAAAAAGGAAAAAUACAAAGUAGAAAAAAGAAAAAACAGUUAAAAACAAUUCCAUCUUUUCUUCACUUCUUUUAUGUUUACUUGUUUCUCGGACCUCCUCAUACCUCCCUCUUUUGUAUUCCAAUUCAAUUUGUUAAUCCAACAAUUCCUUUCCCUCCUUUUUAGUCCUAAUCUUUAAUCUUGAUAUAUUAUAACAUUAAAUUUUUACAUAUUAAAAACCAAUUUGUCCAUAUUCUUUUGUACCUAUACCGCUAGAAACCACUUAACUUCAAUCCAACAUCAUUCUAACAUUCAUUAAUUUUGCAAUAUUUCUGUAAAUAGUCUUUAAAUUUCUUCCAAUCUUCUUCCACCAACUCUUCUCCCUGGUCACGGAUUCUGCCAGUCAUUUCCGCCAAUUCCAUAUAGUCCAUCAAUUUCAUCUGCCAUUCCUCCAGUGUGGGUAGCUCUUGUGUCUUCCAAUGCUUUGCAAUAAGUAUUCUUGCUGCUGUUGUAGCAUACAUAAAGAAAGUUCUGUCCUUUUUUAACACCGAUUGGCCGACUAUGCCCAGGAGAAAGGCCUCUGGUUUCUUCAAGAAGGUAUAUUUAAAUACCUUUUUAGUUCAUUAUAAAUCAUCUCCCAGAAAGCCUUAAUCCUUGGGCACGUCCACCAAAGGUGAAAAAUGUACCUUCAGUUUCUUUACAUUUCCAACAUUUAUUAUCAGGCACAUGAUAGAUUUUUGCAAGCUUGACUGGGGUUAUGUACCACCUGUAUAUCAUUUUCAUAAUAUUUUCUCUUAAGGCAUUACAUGCCGUAAAUUUCAUACCUGUGGUCCACAACUGUUCCCAGUCAGCAAACAUAAUAUUGUGACCAACGUCCUGUGCCCAUUUAAUCAUAGCAGAUUUCACCGUUUCAUCCUGAGUAUUCCAUUUCAACAGCAAGUUAUACAUCUUUGACAAAAUCUUAGUUUUGGGUUCUAACAAUUCUGUUUCUAAUUUUGAUUUUUCCACCUGGAAGCCGAUUUUCUUAUCCAAAUUGUAUGCCUCCAUAUGUAAAAAUGCAUAUUGUUGCAGCAUAUACCCUUUAAGGGGUCUGAACUGGAGGGGCGAACCAGGAGCAGGACCUCGGGGUCCUGGACUAGGUGGGCACUGGCCAACGAUCAAAAUCCACCAGGCGCCUUUUGCACCUGGCCAUCAGCCGCUUGCGACCAAAGGAAGGUGCCCGGGUGCCAGGAUGGCGCCUGACAUCCCCACCAUCUGGAGGUGCCGGCCUGGGGAUCCUCAGGUCUGGACUAUUCCAUACACAAGCAACACAUCCUCAUAGCAGUGUUAGAAACUGGGAUACACAGGCUAGGAGCCAAAUGGCUCCUGGGAUUUGGAUUGCAGGUACCAAAACAGAAUGUUUAGCCAUUUAUAUAUUUAAAGACAGAUGCAACAUUUAUUUAUUUAUUUAUUUAUUCUUUGUUUUUUUCUUUCUGCUGGGUGAAUCAGGGAGUCUGCAGGAUAGCAGCUGAUUCGCCCGGCUGCGCAACAGCAGCAGCAAAAAACAAAGACGUUCUUUUAUUCCCAUGUUCCCCUGCAGACCCCCUGAAUCAGCCAUCCAGUUGCAAAAAAGGGACCCCGAGGAUCAUCCAGCUCAACCCCCGCAAGGCAGGAGUUUGCAGCUGCCCCAUGCAGCAAUCAAACCUGCAACUUUGGUGUUAUCAGGACCACGCUGUAACCAACUGAGCUAUCCUGGCUCUGCAUAUCCCGUAGAAUUCUAUCCAUUGUGUUUUAUCUGCACAACCAGAAUGAAUUUCAGGAACCAAAAAGUCGACUUUUGAGCCAUCUGGCACAAAAAUGGCAACUAGACCUUCCAUUUUGGCUACUGUAACCCUGGUUUAAGGAGCCAUUUGGCGCCUAGUUUAUAUAUCUUGAGUUUCUAACACUGCACAAAAUUGAGGAGGGUCUUGGCUGGAGCUAGAACUGCCCUGUUUCCUGGAACUGCUACCCUUCCUUCCAUUCAGGGUGACUUGUGUUGGGGACCGGGUAGCUUGUGGGGUCCAGCUCCGUCUUGCACUUUUGCCAAACCACCUUUAUAAUCAAGGGAAACCCAGCAUUGCUCAGCACCUGAGGGGGUCCCUGCAAACAAAAAUAGAGGGAGAUUCAUUGGAAGUGGGGGGAGGGUGAUGCUCUGAUUUUCUGCCAUCUUCUCCCCCCCUCCCAUCCCGCACUGGAGGUUCUUCACUCGCCUUGGCCUGGUGGCCUGACCAAACUGCAGCCAGGGGCUUUGCAAGGGGAUGAGGUCCGCCCCGGGUGUUAUGCCUGGGGGGGACACAGCCCCCCCAGCGGACCUGCAUGGUGGCGCUCGCACCCCCAGUGGGCAGAUUUUUGUGAUUGGUGCGGUCGUUGUCAUGAAAAUACGCCCGCUGAUCGCGCAAAUACGCCUGCUGAUCAGCCUGGCACCCCCCAGCAGGCAGCGCUCGCAUCCCCAGCGGGUUUUAUGCGAUUGGGAAUCGGAUUUCCAUGAUCAGCGGGCGGCACUGCCUGGCACCCCCGGCGGGCAGUGCUUUCAUUCCCAGCUGCGGCAGCCGGGGGUGCCAGCGCCACUCGCCGAUUGUGAAAAUCUGACCACCGAUCACGCAAAUACCCCCGGUGGCAUAGGGGCGGCACGGGGCGGCACGGCACAGGGCGUGCAGCGCCCAUAGGGACGGCACGGAAUGCCGAGCUCCCUGUUCCAUCCCCAUGGGUGGUUCGCCCUGCCCCUGGGCAUGCCACCGCAGGUGCCCAAGAGGCUUCCUACGCCGCUGCCUGCGGCUUCACUGAACCUCAGGCUCAGCUGUGAAAAGACAAGUGGGAUUCUGCCUUGCGCCCCCCCUCCGAUGUCCCAGCCUGGCCUUGUGGGGGGAAGAGUGGCUCCCCACCCAAGUGGGCUUGGAGCCUUGGAGCCAUUGAAUGGUCGAGCUGGAAAGGACCCCUGUCAGUUGACCAACCUUUGCUUCAGCACCUCCUUGAGUCCUUCCUGGCUGAAGGGACUUGUAGCCUCUCCGGGGGUCUUGCUCACCAGCGGCUAUGGCCCCUCUUUGCCCCGCAGGUGAAGCAGGAGUGGGGACCCCCCAGCCGCCACCAUGGUUGCCUUAUCCCUCAAGAUCAGCAUUGGCAACGUGGUGA